CAUCCCCCAUGGCCAGCCUGGCUGCGGAGAUUAUCGCCUUUCUGCUGGCCAUCUCGGGCUGGGUGCUGGUCUCCUCCACGCUGCCCACUGACUACUGGAAGGUCUCCUCCAUCGACGGCACCGUCAUCACCACCGCCACCUUCUGGGCCAACCUCUGGAAGACCUGCGUGACCGACUCCACCGGCGUGUCCAACUGCAAGGACUUCCCCUCCAUGCUGGCACUGGACGGUUAUAUCCAAGCCUGCAGAGGACUCAUGAUUGCUGCUGUCAGUCUUGGAUUCUUUGGCUCCAUAUUUGCACUGGUUGGGAUGAAGUGUACGAAAGUUGGAGGUUCAGAUCAGACUAAAGCUAAAGUCGCUUGUUUAGCUGGGAUGAUUUUCAUACUUUCUGGGUUGUGCUCUAUGACUGGUUGCUCCCUGUAUGCGAACAGAAUUACAUCUGAAUUCUUUAAUCCUACUUUUAUUGCACAAAAGUAUGAAUUAGGAGCAGCUUUAUUCAUUGGAUGGGCUGGAGCAUCACUUUGCAUAAUUGGUGGCAGUAUAUUCUGCUUCUCAAUAGCUGGAAACAGUAAAUCCCCAAGAAUGGAGUACACAUAUAAUGGAGCCACAUCUGUGAUGUCUUCUAGGACAAAGGUCCACAAUAGUGCAGCAGAUUUUAAAUCACCAAAAGGCCCUCCAAAGCACUUUGACAAAAAUGCUUAUGUUUAAUUGUACUGUUCUAAGAUACAAAACCAGUUUUCAAAUUAGUUUGUACAGUUCAUUCACAGAGUGAUUUCCAGAUAAGUACCAGCAUAAUCACCACCAGGACAAUGAAUUUUUAAAAUAUUAACUUGCAGCAUUUUACAUAUUGAUGUAAAUUUUCUUAUAUAAUAUUUUAAGAUUUAUGUUGGUGUUAUAUAUAAAUUAUAUAUCUGUAAAUCACUUGCUGUUUUUGCUUUCUACAAAAAAUAAAUAGGAUAUUUACAGAUAACAGUUUGUCACCUACUUGAUUUGUAUGAUAUCAAAUGCACAGUAUCUAAUGCAGUACAUCACAGCAGCAGUAUAGGAGCAGGUUCCAAAAGAGGUUUAGUAUUUGGAGCCAGAAGUCAUGUUUUGUGCAACUCCCUAUGUGAAAUUUUUCACCAGUGAGAAACAGUCACUUAGAGCCUGAUUUUCAGGAGUGCUAAAUACCUUGCAAGUCCAGUUGAAGUCAACAGGGACUGAAGUGAUCAGGAGCUCUGAAAAUCAGGUCCUUUUUUCUCCCUUAGGGUGCCAGUGAACAGAGGAACAGGUGUGGGGGAGACAAGAGCCUAUCAUUCACAUGCCACAGAAGCAAGAGAGGGAGACAGUUAGGUAGAGCAAGAGUUUAGGGGCUGGGGGAACCAGGGCUGACUAGGGAGCCUAAAGAAGAGAGCUGUGACCAAUAUAUUGGAGGGAGUCAGGGCAGACUGUGGGAGAGGGGUAUUUUGAGUUUAAGGCAACUUGAAAGGAAAUUUGGGGGGGGGGCAGAGUGACAGCACCUGAGAUCUUGGGGAUUUGGGCGGAGGGCCAGGGCAAGCUCCUCCAUUCUGCUUUUCCCCACUUCAGCUUGUAUCCUCUGAGCCUGCCGCCAUCCCUCCUCCAGUCUACCACUACUCCACCUGCCCCUCCCUCUACUUGUCUCUGGUCCCCUUUUGUUCCUUACUGCAGCUGCUAGCAAGCCAUUUGCUCUGCCAGUUGCUUACUCCUCCUGCAGACUGGCUAGGUUCCCGCAACCACUUGGCACCAGAAUGGCCUCCAGCAGACACUAGAAGUGAUUACAGGAAAAAUCUUAGCCAAUGCCUGUAGACUACUUCGCAGGAGAUUCCAGGAUGGCAGUGGGAAUGCAUGAGAGGGCCGCCGACUGCAUGAAUGUCACAUGUAAUUAUGUGACACGUGGCAGCCCUGCUGGAUGAUCUU